AUGGCUCAGUCAUGGCUUGAUAUCCCCCGCAACUCCCCCUUCUCUCUGGCCAACAUCCCCUUCGGCAUCAUCUCAACUGCUUCCUCCAAUACCCCGCGCCCUGCUAUUGCCAUCGGCGACUACGCCUUGGAUCUCUUCGCUUUUGCUUCCGCAGGUGGCUUCUCCAAGCUGCCGUCUUUCCAGCCUUAUAUCGAAGUCUUUGCCCAGCCCGUGCUCAACGACUUCGCCUCUCUAGGUCGACCUGUUCACCGCCAGGUUAGAGAAUAUUUACAAGAAGUUUUCCGGGCAGAGACAUCCCACCCAGACAUUCUCAAGAACAAUGAGACUCUCAGGAACUCCGCUCUUAUUCCUCGAGCCAAUACCACCAACCACUUACCCAUGAGAAUCGGUGACUACACCGACUUCUAUGCUGGUCUAAACCACGCCUUUAACGUCGGCGUACUGUUCCGUGGACCUGAUAAUGCUCUCCAACCCAACUACAAGCAUCUCCCAGUUGGUUAUCAUGGUCGUGCCUCGUCCGUGGUGGUCUCUGGAACCCCCAUCCGCCGCCCCAACGGUCAGAUCCUCGCCAACCCCGCCGCAGACCCCAAGGUUCCCAUUUUCUCGCCCUGCAAGAGACUUGAUAUCGAACUUGAGCUUGCUGCGUUUGUGGCCACCCCAAACAAAAUGGGUGACCCUGUCCCCAUUGCAGAGGCAGAGGACCACCUGUUUGGUGUUGUCCUGAUGAAUGACUGGUCUGCUCGUGAUAUCCAAGCUUGGGAAUAUAUCCCACUGGGGCCUUUCAACGCCAAAAACUUCGCCACUAGUAUCACACCGUGGGUCGUCCUCAUGGAUGCACUCGAGCCCUUCCGCACUCAGGGUCUCGAACCUGGGAAUCGUGACACGCUUUUGCCGUACCUCCGGGAGAGCAGAGCCGACAACGUCUAUGACAUCCGCCUGGAGUUCGAGUUGAAGAACAAAGGUGGCCAGCCAACAGUGGUGGCGAAGACUAACUCGAAGAACCUACUUUACUCAUUCUCUCAGAUGCUGGCGCAUCACUCAGUGACUGGGUGCAACAUGAAUCCUGGUGAUUUGCUCGGCAGUGGUACAAUUUCUGGAAAGGAGCCUGGUACAUUUGGUAGUCUUUUGGAGAAUACAAAUGGCGGAAAGACGACCAUCAACUUGGCAGACGGUAGCGAGAGAAAAUUCCUCGAAGACGGUGACGAGGUUAUCCUGCGAGGCGUUGCUGGUGAAGAGGGAAGCUACGUCGGAUUCGGUGACUGCUUUGCGGUGAUUGAGCCGGCUCAUACUAUGAACUGA